UCCGGCCUGCGGCGCCGGCGUCCCCUUAAGCAAGAUGGCGGCGGAGCGAGCUGGGAUUGGCGGAGCCGCCGGGGUCAGGGGUCGGAGGUGCUGACUGAGGGCUCCGGCGGCUGCAGCGGGGGGUCCCUGGAGCAGCCAUGGGGGAGGCCGAGAAGUUCUAUUACGUGUAUAGCUGCGACCUGGACAUCAACGUGCAGCUGAAGAUAGGAAGUCUGGAAGGGAAAAGAGAACAGAAGAGUUACAAAGCUGUUUUGGAAGACCCUAUGCUGAAGUUCUCGGGAUUAUACCAGGAGACCUGUUCUGACUUGUAUGUAACUUGCCAAGUGUUUGCAGAAGGGAAACCUCUUGCUCUUCCAGUUAGGACUUCCUACAAAGCUUUUAGCACUAGAUGGAAUUGGAAUGAAUGGCUAAAAUUGCCUGUGAAGUAUCCUGACUUGCCCCGCAAUGCACAAGUGGCUCUGACAAUUUGGGAUGUGUAUGGGCCAGGUAAAGCAGUUCCAGUAGGGGGAACAACAGUCUCGCUCUUUGGAAAAUAUGGUAUGUUCCGUCAAGGAAUGCAUGACUUGAAAGUCUGGCCCAAUGUAGAAGCUGAUGGCUCAGAGCCCACCAAAACUCCCGGGAGGACCAGCAGCACACUCUCAGAAGAUCAGAUGAGCCGAUUGGCUAAGGAGCCUGACAAGGAACAUAUGGAGGAACUCACCAAGUCUCAUCGACAAGGUCACAUGGUGAAAGUAGACUGGCUGGACAGACUGACCUUUAGAGAAAUAGAAAUGAUCAAUGAGAGUGAAAAACGAAGUUCUAAUUUUAUGUACUUGAUGAUUGAGUUUCGGUGUGUCAAGUGUGAUGAUAAAGAAUAUGGAAUAGUUUACUAUGAAAAGGAUGGUGAUGAAUCAUCUCCAAUUUUAACAAGCUCUGAGAUUGUUAAGGUUCCAGAUCCCCAGCUGUCUAUGGAGAAUUUAGUAGAGAGCAAACAUCACAAACUUGCUCGAAGUUUAAGAAGUGGGCCCUCUGAUCAUGAUCUCAAGCCUAAUGCAGCUACUCGAGAUCAGCUUAAUAUCAUAGUGAGUUAUCCACCAACAAAGCAACUGACAUACGAGGAACAGGAUCUAGUUUGGAAGUUCAGAUACUAUCUUACUAAUCAAGAAAAGGCUUUGACAAAGUUCUUGAAAUGUGUCAACUGGGACCUACCCCAGGAGGCAAAGCAGGCACUGGAGCUACUGGGGAAAUGGAAGCCAAUGGAUGUAGAAGAUUCUCUGGAACUGUUAUCAUCUCAUUUCACCAAUCCAACAGUACGGCGGUAUGCUGUUGCCAGGUUGCAACAGGCAGAUGAUGAGGAUUUGUUGAUGUACCUGUUGCAGUUGGUCCAGGCCUUGAAAUAUGAAAAUUUUGAUGACAUAAAGAAUGGAUUAGAGCCAAAUAAGAGGGACAGUCAGGGUUCAAUGUCCGAGAGUAUGGCAGCAUCAGGAACGAAUGCUGCAGAAAUAGACAGUUCCCAGAUCAUAGCGAGUCCCCUUCCUCCUGUAUCCUCCCCACCUCCUACUUCUAAAACAAAGGAGUCUGCAGAGAGUGAAAACCUUGAACAAGACCUUUGCACUUUUUUGAUAUCCCGAGCCUGCAAGAAUUCCACACUGGCUAACUACUUAUACUGGUAUGUAAUAGUGGAAUGUGAAGACCAAGACACUCAGCAGAGGGAUCCAAAGACUCAUGAAAUGUACCUAAAUGUGAUGAGACGGUUUAGUCAGGCUCUAUUAAAGGGCGAUAAGUCUGUCAGGGUUAUGCGUUCUUUGCUGGCAGCGCAGCAGACAUUUGUAGAUCGACUGGUUCAUCUAAUGAAGGCAGUGCAGCGUGAAAGUGGGAAUCGUAAAAAAAAGAAUGAGAGGCUACAGGCAUUACUUGCAGACAAUGAGAAGAUGAAUUUAUCAGAUGUGGAACUUAUUCCACUUCCUUUGGAGCCUCAGGUGAAAAUCAGAGGAAUAAUCCCAGAGACAGCUACACUGUUUAAGAGUGCCCUAAUGCCUGCCCAGUUAUUCUUCAAGACAGAAGAUGGAGGCAAAUAUCCUGUAAUAUUUAAACAUGGUGAUGAUUUACGUCAAGAUCAACUUAUUCUUCAAAUUAUUUCACUCAUGGACAAGCUGUUACGUAAGGAGAAUCUGGAUUUGAAGCUGACACCAUAUAAGGUGCUGGCUACUAGUACAAAGCAUGGUUUCAUGCAGUUUAUUCAGUCAGUCCCGGUUGCUGAAGUUCUUGCUACUGAAGAAAGUAUACAGAAUUUCUUCAGAAAACAUGCACCAAGUGAGACUGGUCCUAAUGGGAUAAGUGCAGAAGUGAUGGACACUUAUGUUAAAAGCUGUGCUGGUUAUUGUGUUAUUACCUAUAUCCUUGGAGUUGGAGACAGGCAUCUGGAUAAUCUCUUGCUAACAAAAACAGGUAAACUGUUUCACAUCGAUUUUGGUUACAUUCUGGGUCGUGACCCUAAGCCUCUACCUCCCCCAAUGAAGCUGAAUAAGGAAAUGGUGGAAGGUAUGGGAGGCACUCAGAGUGAGCAGUACCAGGAGUUCCGUAAACAGUGUUAUACGGCUUUUCUACAUCUCCGCAGGUAUUCCAACUUGAUCUUGAACUUGUUCUCCCUCAUGGUGGAUGCAAACAUUCCAGAUAUUGCUCUUGAACCCGACAAAACUGUGAAAAAGCAGCUUUCCUGGCUUCUUUCCAUCAGCUUUUUCUCCGGCUCCUUUUUCUGGCUUUCGUCUUCUCCCGAUCGUCUCUCUCUCUCUCUCACUGACUCAGGCUCAGACUCCUAAACUGCCUGCUGGCAGCUGGCCUUUCGUGCUACAUUGUAGCUACAUUUGUCGCUCCCUCCCAAUAUAACUUUAUCUUUUUAGAAGUAAUUAUCUCACUCACAGGUGCACAGUAUCAAGCAUUACUUCAGAGUUCGGAUUGACAGCUCUGACUUUAAAACAAGUUCUGAUCAGCUAACUGACCUCUCUGUCACCCCUUACUGCACAUGCUCAAUAGCCACCAAUCUUGCACAUGCUCACUGUUUUCAUUCACCUCAGAGCUGUGAGUCUGCCUUUCCACACACACAUCUAUACUUGGCUUUUUGCCAGGGCACCAUUUUAGAAAUCCUAGGUUUUCACUGAGCAUGCUCAGGGUGUGUAGUGUUCAUCUCAGGGCGGAGUGAUUUUUGCUUAUUCAGAAUAGAGAUAAGAAAAACAAAGUGGAGAUCGGAGAAUUUCUCUAGUAAUAAAAGCUAGACACUUUGCUGUUUGUCCUUAAUUAUGAUGCUCUCAGCUAGGGUUCCCAUAUUUCCUCAUUUA